AAACCAUAUUUCAAUAAUCAGAACCACCACCCAGGAGGGGGAAACAACUUCAGGUCAUAUGCAAACAAUGUAGCUACAACAGGUGGUCAUGGACAAGGAAAUUACCUUACAGAUGAGGAACAUGCUCAGGUGAAGCAACUGCUGCACAAUUCAAGGGAAGGAAAUGAAUGCAUGGCAGCUCUGGCAGGGCCUUUACAAUGGCAAGGUGAUGGGGAUUGGUAGAGCAGCUAAUGGUCUAUAUCUGUUGAAGGAUGCAGUUCAAGUAAUUGUUGGUGCAGCUAUAAAGAAUGUAGAUUCAAUUGACCUAUGGCAUCUAAGACUUGGUCAUCCAUCAGAGAGGGCAAUGCAACAUAUUCAUUCAAUAAGGAGUCAUGUAAAUUUUGGUACUCCACAUUACUGUCAGAUAUGUCCUUUAGCUAAGCAAACUAGACUGCAGUUCCCUAAUAGCAUAACUUCAUGCAUCAUGUUUUCCAAUUGCUCCAUCUAGAUGUAUGGGGUCCAUAUAGGACACAGACUUAUGAUAAGAAACAGUAUUUUGUUACAAUUGUGGAUGACUAUAGCAGAUACACCUGGAUCUGUUUGAUUCAAUAUAAAACAGAAGUGUUGGCUGUGCUGAAAAAUUUCCUUGUUAUGAUUCAUACACAGUUUAGUGCUAAGGUUCAAACUAUGAGGACUGAUAAUGGAACUGAAUUUCUUAACUCUCAAUGCAAAGACUUGUUCACUUCUCUUGGUAUCAUUCAUCAAAG